CUGACCAGCGCCCCGCUCCGUAAGUACCGGCCCCUCGCAUUGCUGCCCCGCGCCAGCUACCCCGCCAUCCCCAAAGUCCUCGUCGCCGUCGUUACCACCACCGGCAUACUCCUCCGCCUCGGCACCGUCGCCCCCAACUUCAAGGCCGACACGACCAACGGCCCCAUCGACUUCCACGAGUUCAUCGGCGACAACUGGGUCGUCUUCUUCUCUCACCCCGAGGACUACACCCCCGUCUGCACCACCGAGCUCGGCGCCUUCGCCAAGCUCGAGCCCGAGUUCUCCAAGCGCGGCGUCAAGCUGAUCGGCCUCUCGGCCAACACCCUCGGCUCCCACGAGGGCUGGAUCAAGGACAUUGACGAGGUCACCGGCUCCCGCGUCUCCUUCCCCAUCAUCGCCGACAAGGAGCGCAAGGUCGCCUACGCCUACGACAUGCUCGACUACCAGGACACCACCAACGUCGACGAGAAGGGCAUCGCCUUCACCAUCCGCUCCGUCUUCAUCAUCGACCCCAAGAAGACCAUCCGCACCAUCCUCUCCUACCCGGCCUCCACCGGCCGCAACUCCGCCGAGGUCCUCCGCAUCGUCGACUCCCUCCAGACCGGCGACAAGCACAAGAUCACCACCCCCAUCAACUGGGUCCCCGGUGACGACGUCAUCGUCCACCCCUCCGUCAAGACCGAGCAGGCCAAGGAGCUCUUCCCCGAGGUCCGCAUCGUCAAGCCCUACCUGCGCUUCACCCCUUUGCCCAAGGAGAAGGCCACCGUCGCUUAG